AUGGGUCGGUCAUUUGUAGAGUAUGACUCUCAAGAAGACUGCGUUGCGGAUUUUCAUCAGAAAACGAAGAAGCUGGUAGAUCACGCGCUAGAGGUGUACAAUCAUCGUUUGCCAGAACACCAAGAAAAAUUCACAUUUGAUAGUUUUGCGGAUGUUCUUGAUACUGAGUCGGCCGUCGUGAAUCGUGUUUUCGAUGUUUUAGUUCGUGAAGUUGCGGGGGCGGUACGACAACGAAAACGAACACAGCUUAGUUUACCUGCCACUACAGCUCAAGUGGUACAAAGACGAUUGUCUCCUAGCUUAUCAACGAUUCACUAUCGUGAUCCUAAUGACCCUUUAAUUGAUGAAACUGAGAGUAUUCACUUUACCUAA